GAUGACGGCAGCCAAGCGAGGGCAAGUGUCAGAUCGGAUUCAUGUGAACACAGAAGAAAAUGCCCCCGCAGAGCUGUCGAGACGACGUCGGCGCGUUCGAGCAGCGCGCAAAAAUAGCCUCUGGCAAAAAUGGUUCAACAGGUUGAAGUGGAAGUCACAGGUCCAAAUGACUACUCCAAAAAUUCGUACAAGGCUGUCAUCGCACAGAUACUAGUGGUCUCCAUGGCAUUGGUAUUGGCAACAGCAAAUGGAAUGACUUCUGGCUUACCUGCCCUACUUUUGCCUCAACUUCAGGCUAAAAAUAGCAGCAUCCCUACCACGGAGGAGGAUGGCUCUUGGAUUGCCAGCAUCCACUCGAUUUUCACUCCAAUUGGUGCCCUGAUCAGUGGACCAAUUAUGGAGCGCCUGGGACGUCGUACAGCCUUGAUUAUCAGCAUAUUCCCAGGACUGAUAGGCUGGAUAUGCAUUGCGCAUUCAGAAUCUCACCUUGCCCUCCUCAUAGGGAGGUCAUUUACAGGACUGUCAACUGGCCUGUCACUGGCACCAGGAGUUGUGAUUAUUGGAGAAAGCGCUGAGCCCAGACUGAGAGGCAUUUUAGUUGGUGCUCCUUCUAUAAGUUUCUCCUUGGGAAUUCUGAUGAUAUAUACCUUGAACUCGGCCCUCCCCUGGCAAACUGUGUCCCUGUUAGCAACAGUCCUGCCACUGGUAGCACUAGUGUCGCUCUUUUUCCUCCCUGAAAGUCCUUUGUGGCUGGAGCGUGUGGGACGGACUGAAGAGGCGCAAAAAGCAAUGACUUGGCUAAGAGGGGGCAGCGAACAUCAGGCAAGACACGAGCUCCUAUUAUUGAAGCAACAAAAAAUUCAAAACGUCUUGUUUGAAGAGGCACAUCCAACUGCAAGGAAAAGUUCUCCCCUGCUUUCCCGCCCAGUACUACGAGCUCUGAUUGUCAUCAAUGUGUUCAACAUUUUCCUAGUGUUGGGUGGCACUUACACUAUAAUUUUUUACGCCGUCAAUGUGCUCCAACAAUCUUCUGGUGACAGCAUUUCUGCAUUUGAGAUCGCAGUCGGCACUGCCAUAGCAAGAGUUCUCUUAACAACCCUUGCGUGCUUCCUUCUUCUACACGUUGGCAGACGACCACUGACCAUAUCAUCUGGAUUGGGAUCAAGUGUUGCUGCCCUUGGCGUGAGUGCCUGGCUGUACUGGUCACCAAAGCUGGGUGGCUAUGAAUGGGUACCUACUGCCUUGGUCCUCGCCUUUGUAGUUUUCAACUCGUAUGGAUUUUUCACAAUCCAAGCUCUGAUGCUUGGAGAAAUGCUUCCUGCUAGGGCAAGAGGGCCUUCAAGUGGACUGACUUGUGCCCUUAUUAACGCAGUUAUAUUCUUCACUUCUAAAACCUAUCCGUGGAUGAGUCGCGUUUUUCAACCUCACGGUCUCUUUCUGAUGUUUGGCACAAUGUCGCUGGCUGCCACGUUAGUUGUGUAUCUGUUUAUGCCUGAAACAAAAGGAAGAACUUUGGCAGAGAUUGAAGAAUUUUUUAGUGGCCCUUCAUUGCUCUGGCGCAAUUAUUUGUUGAAUGGACGAAGAGAAAGCGCCACUGAUUUUUAGUAUGUUCAAUUGCCAGCAAUUUGCUACUUUUGAAUAUAUAACAUUUUGUUACUUAAUCGUGCCAAAUUAAUGAGCAUAACCAUGCUGAGGUCUUGACAGAUAUAUUACUCAAUAAUCAAUAAAUAGUAUAUAUUUACACCAA